AUGUGUAUAGCUGCAGACUACGAAAAGGUUUAUGAAAUUGGGCCGGUCUUUCGGGCAAAAAACAGCAACACCCACAGACACUUGACAGAGUACACUGGUCUGGAUCUUGAGAUGGCCAUUGAAGUGCACUACCAUGAGGCUUUGGAAGUGAUCGAUGGAGUGCUGAAGCAUAUCUUCAAGGGUAUAUACGAACGUUUUCGCGAUGAGCUUGGAGCAGCCAAGAGACAUUUUCCGCACGAGGAUUUGGUGUGGCUAGAUAAGACCCCCAGGAUACCUUUCAAGGAGGGAGUGCAGAUGCUUAUAGAUUCCAGCUGGACCGACGAGAGUGGCAACCCCCCCUCGCCUUUGGAAGACCUACAUACGAGAGACGAGAUCCGGCCUGGCGAGCUCAUUAACGAGAGGUACCAUACAGAUUACUACAUACUUGACAACUUGACAGCUUCCGCACGGCCUUUCUACACUAUGCCCGACCCCAACGAUCCGAAAGUUACGAACACGUUCGAUCUGUUCCUACGCGGCCAAGAGAUCCUGACCAGCGGGCAGCGUAUACAUGAUGCACAGAUGUUGGAGGAGCAGAUGAAGGCGCAAGGGGUAGAUUCUUCAAGUAUGGAGGAUCAUAUGGACGGCUUCUGA